CAAGUGUCGGCAUGGAGACACCUACAACACAAACCACCAAAUCACGCUCUUUUACGAAUAUUUUUAUUACGAUACUUCUUCAACUUUUGCUCUGGUCUAGCCUUUUUCCUCUUUGCGUUCAAAUAUCUCUUUUCGCUCUUUCCAAGGUUGACAAAUCCUUGUUUCUAACUGAUGUUAUCUGCAUGGCAGCAGCUGGAACGUCACUUUUCGUUAUUCUUUUACACAGUCUCAUCGUAAGGCUCCAACAGAGCGUCUUUAGCAAAUGGGCCAAGGUGAUUGCAACAUUUUGCAGAGUCUUGGUCCUCUUCCUGUCAUGUACAGCAGUGCUGUUGUGGAUUACUACAGUCGGGCUGGGGGUCAUCUUCACUCUUGCAAGACAACCAACAUGUCGGCCAGCUAGUUUCGACACUCAUGACAUGUGGAGAAAGGGUCAAGUGUGUUACGUUCAAAGGGCAGGUCUAGUUGUCAGCAUGCUAGCAUUCAGGGCUGUUCGGAUCAGGACAGGCAAAAGUCUGCAUAUCGCCAUCGGACCUUGGGAGAAAGACUCCAAGGGUGACGAGGCAGUCGAACCUCUCGUUCAAGUGCCGCUCAUUACUAUCUCCAAUCGUCNGCAUCGUCGCCUC